AUGCUCAGCUCGGUGUGUGUCUCCUCUUACCGGGGGCGCAAGUCCGGGAACAAGCCGCCCUCCAAAUCAUGCCUGAAAGAGGAGAUGGCCAAAGGCGAGGACACCGAGAAGAUCACCAUCAACGUGGGCGGCACCCGGCACGAGACCUACAAGAGCACCCUCCGCACCCUGCCCGGCACCCGCCUGGCCUGGCUGGCCGACCCCGAGGUCCCCGGGCCCACCGAGGAUGCCCAACACGAGUUCUUCUUCGACCGCCACCCGGGCAUCUUCGCCUACGUGCUCAACUACUACCGGACGGGCAAGCUGCACUGCCCGGCUGACAUCUGCGGGCCCCUCUUUGAGGAGGAGCUCACCUACUGGGGCAUCGACGAGACCGACGUGGAGCCCUGCUGCUGGAUGACGUACCGCCAGCACCGAGAUGCCGAGGAGGCCCUUGACAUCUUUGAGAACCCCGAAGCUGGCAGUGGGGCCGCCGGGGAAGAGGCCGAGGAGGACGAAGGGGCCCGGGAGGCCACCCUCCAGCAGCUGGGCCUCGACGACAGGCCGGCCACAGGGGCCACAGCAGGGACCGCUGGAGCAGGAGUGACUGGAGGAGGCGGCUGCUGCCGCAACUGGCAGCCCCGCAUGUGGGCCCUCUUUGAAGACCCCUAUUCAUCCAAGGCAGCCAGGGUAAUUGCCUUUGCCUCCCUUUUUUUCAUUCUGGUGUCCAUCACCACAUUUUGCUUGGAGACACAUGAAGCCUUCAUUACCCAUUCGAAUACAACUGAGACGGUGGUGGAUGGCAACACGACACAGUUCAUUGUGGUGCAUGAGAUGGAGACGGAGCCCGUUCUCACUUACAUUGAGGGAGUCUGUGUCCUGUGGUUCACUCUGGAGUUUCUAGUACGCAUUAUGUGCUGUCCAGAUAAAUUGGUCUUUGUUAAGAACCUUCUUAAUAUCAUUGACUUUGUAGCCAUCUUGCCCUUCUAUGUAGAGGUGGGUCUCAGUGGCCUGUCAUCGAAGGCUGCACGAGAUGUCCUGGGCUUCCUGAGGGUAGUCCGCUUUGUCCGGAUCCUUCGAAUCUUCAAAUUGACACGCCAUUUUGUGGGUCUUCGGGUGCUGGGACACACGCUCCGGGCCAGUACUAAUGAGUUUCUUCUUCUCAUCAUCUUCCUGGCUCUGGGAGUUUUAAUCUUUGCCACCAUGAUCUAUUAUGCUGAAAGGAUUGGUGCCGAGCCAAAUGACCCUAGUGGUAGUCACCACACCCAUUUCAAGAAUAUUCCCAUUGGAUUCUGGUGGGCUGUAGUGACCAUGACCACUCUGGGAUAUGGUGACAUGUACCCUAAAACCUGGUCAGGAAUGCUGGUGGGAGCGCUUUGUGCUCUGGCUGGAGUCCUUACCAUUGCCAUGCCCGUCCCAGUAAUUGUCAACAAUUUUGGAAUGUAUUACUCCUUGGCUAUGGCUAAGCAGAAGCUCCCAAAGAAGAAAAAGAAGCAUAUACCUCGCCCAGCACCACUUGACUCUCCAACUUACUGCAGAUCAGAUGACAACUCCCCCCACAACAGUGUCCAGAGUUGUAACAGCCCCCUCGCAGCAGCAACAGCAACAACAGCAGCAGGGAUGAUGGCAAGCAAAAGAUCAGAUACCAAGCAGAAUGGUGAUGCCAAUGUGGUGUUGUCUGAUGAAGAGCAGCCCCUUUCGUCGCCGUGUGAGGAGAAGCGGCCCAUGAGGCGCUCAAGUACUAGAGACAAAACCAAAAAAGCUGCCACCUGCUUUCUCCUGAGCACUGGAGAUUUCUCUUGCACUGCUGAUGGUGGCAUCCAAAAAGCCAAGCUGCCAUAUGUGCUGUCUGGCCAGUUCCUCCAGCCUUUAGAAGGCCGAAUGAAUCACCACCGUUCUUCCCUUUGAAGCACUUCUGGAUUCUGCAGAACACUGCUCUCAUUUUUCUUCUUCCUUGUAUUUUUUUUAAAGUCAUUCAUGUCUAGGAAUCAAUGAGAAACCAAAAAAAAGGAUCUGAUUGUGCUUUCAGUGCCAGGUCUCUUAACUCCAAGAAGCUGGAAGAAAUUGUUUUUCUGACCAGAUUUGGGGCAAAUUUUCGACAAAUGUAAAAUAUCUAUUGUUGGAAAACUGGUUUUCUGUAAUUUUAUUUGUUUGAGGGUUUUUUUGUCGUUUUGCCUUUUUUUUGAAUUUUUUUUAUUAGGAAAGAAUAUGAAAAUCCUUAUUUUUGCAGGACUGUUGAAUCCCCAUUGAUUUCCCAAGAAGCUGGGAAUGCCUCAAGCAGUUUUCCUGUUAGAAAUGUAAACAGGGGAGAAUGUAAGCUGGGAGGACCUGUCUAUUUGCUGUAAUCCUGCUUGCUAUGUUGUCAGUGUAUAAAAAAACAGAUCUGAGACAGCACAGGGUGACUUCACAUUGCCAGUGUCGUUGUCGGCUUAUUUUGUACAAAACCAGAACUGUUCCAUCAACAACCUCUCCUCUUUUAUUGUGUUAACUGGUUUAUUGGCUACCAUAGCUACUGCUCCACUCUAGUUCCUGGACUUUGUUAUAGAUGGACAUUGCUAAUCUUAGAUACUUUAAUGCUUCAGUAUGUAAGUGCCAAGCAUUGUCUGCAAAUAUUUUUUAUAAAACCCAUGUGUCUACUCGAAGCUUCUUCAGCAUAAAAUUCUCUUUUUAGAAAUGAGAUUCAUGGGAUUGUGUGGGAAUUUGAACUCAUUAGACAUUGAGAAGAACGGUCUUUGCUUCCUGGUGAAGUAGCUUGGAGGUAUGUUAAAUGAAACAUUAGACUGAAGAUAUAAUUUUGUUUCACUUCACUGCCCACAUAGUGCUGUUAAUACAUCCCAGAAAGGAUUGGGUGCUGUUAACCUCUAUGCUGUACACAUGCUUUCUCUUGUCAAGCUCUACUCUUAAUAAAGAGAUUUUAGGAACUGA